AACGCGAGGCUUCGAAAACAAAGUCAGUGGGAAAAUCGCAUUCAUUUCUUCUCUACCUUUUCCCUUUCCUUUUCCUCCAAGUAACAAACAGGGCGUAACGAAAACGCAGAAACAUAAACCCUGCCCGCGCGCAACACCGUCCUAGAACGAAUCUGAGAAUCACACUCCGCCGUUGUUGUUCUGGGUAGAAACCACUGUUCUGGGUAGAAACCACUGUUCAUCUCCAAAAAAAAAGAUGGGUCACAACAAGCCGAAGAAAUUCAGAAAUAAUCAGUCACAUCGAGGUCAAUCUAGUCGCACUCGUGAACUCCAAAGGGAUGACGAAGAGUCUCUCCCGAUUGAACCAGAGACUGAAGAAGAGCAAAUGGUACCCAAAAUUCAGCUAGCGAUGUGGGAUUUUGGGCAAUGUGAUGCAAAAAAAUGCACUGGACGCAAGCUUUCAAGAUUUGGUUUGUUGAAAGAGUUGCGCGUCACUAAUGGUUUUGGGGGCAUUGUGUUGAGUCCUGCUGGUAAGCAAUGUGUCUCUAAGGAAGAUUAUAUCCUUAUGAAAAGGAAAGGGUUGGCUGUUGUUGAUUGCUCAUGGGCUCGCUUGGAUGAUGUACCGUUCACAAAAUUGCGUUGUGCUGCUCCUCGUCUCUUACCAUGGUUGGUAGCAGCGAAUCCUGUAAAUUACGGUCGGCCAUGUCAACUAUCUUGUGUUGAGGCAUUGUCUGCAGCUUUAUUAAUCUGUGGGGAGGAGGAAACAGCGAAUUUAUUGCUAAGUAAAUUCAAGUGGGGUCAUGCUUUCUUGUCCCUAAACAGGGAACUUUUAAAGGCGUAUUCAGAGUGUGAAAAUAGUGCUGAUAUUAUUUCAGUUCAGAAUGCUUGGCUUUCCCAGGAGACUCAAUUGAUUACAAAGGUUCCUUCCGCUGAAGGAGCAGACGUGGCAUCCCGAGGUGAAGACCAGGGCUCUUGUUCUGAUUCUGAAGACGGACUUCCCCCGCUUGAAAGGAAUGUUAAUCAUUUAAGCUUGGAGGAGAGUGAUGAGGAGAGUGAGUGAAAGAUUCUAUUUCCAUCCUCAGCUUUGUGACGCGAAACCCCCCGGGAAAAUGCCUUGUUCAUGACUGGUAUUUAUCUGUAUUAAGUGGCUUGUGUUGUGGGUCUAGUAUGUAAUAAUGCUAGUUGCUGUAGUUAGCCUUCCUGUACUCAUUUUAUCCUCCCGCCUAAUCUUUAAUCGCGUAGAGAUAGAGUCGGUUUGGGUGAAACCCAGUUUUGGAGUUUUUAACAUCACUUCGCUGAGACUUGCUUAUUGCAUAAACGUGAAAAUAAAAAUCAGUUUGUACGAUGGCAAA